AUGUUCUUUACAGUGUCUUGGACGGACUCUAGGACGCCAUUGCUGCUGGCCAGCCUUCUGUUGCUGAUCUCGCAAAUGCCGGCUGAGACCCGCCUCACAAUGGAUAUGGCUCUGCAUUCCUUUGAUGACCAGUAUCUGGGGUGCAGAGAGCAGAUGGUGGAAGAACUGGAGCGAGGAGACUAUUUCCAAAAGGAAAUAGCUGCUAACAAGGACUAUUUGAGUCUCUGGAAGAAGGCUCAGGAGGCUUUGUUAAAGAGCCCUGUAGGUCUCCUGAGGGAGAUGCAUGAAAGCCAUGCCAUAGUCCUCAUGGCUUACACCAUGAACUCUUCCCUGCACUCGCAGCUGAACUGGGCCACAUCCACAGCAGGAAGCUCUCCAGAGCACUACAGACACAACUUCAGUUUCAAGUAUUUUCACUUUUACCUGACGACUGCUAUCCAGAUAAUGAAGCAACGGCAGAGCAGCAAGGAUAGCAUGGGGAAACAUAAGUGCUACCGGGUGCACAGGGGUGUAAAAGACUUAUAUAUCGAGGCUACGGUUGGCAGCAGGGUGCGAUUUGGCCGUUUCACCUCCACCUCCCGCCUCUGGAAUGAAGCCCAGAAGUUUGGAAACGAAACUUUAUUCACAGUGACAACUUGCCUGGGAGCAGCUGUACAAGGCUUUUCUUACUACACAUCUGAGAAGGAAGUCCUCAUCCCCCCUUAUGAGAUAUUCCUUGUCAAAAGCUUCUUUCAGACACAGCAUGGUAAUAGGCUGCAUCUGCAUUCUGCGGGAAACUACAGCAAGUACCACUGCCAGCUUGUGGAAGCUUCAAGAAGCAAGAACAGCGGUUCCACUGCCCUCACCUCUUCCAUUCUUCCUAACAUAGUUGGGGUUUUCAUGUGCUUGGCCCACAAUGCCUGA